UCGUCAAAGCAACUGCAUCGUGCUGUAGACAAGAGUGUGUCUGGGUCGCUUGAGGAAACGUGCCCCGCCGGAUCGAAUGCAUAUCCCCGUUUCAUACUUACUUCUCGAUCACAACUUAAAGCGUCAAAAAUGGCGUCUCUACUAGAAGAUAAAUUAUUUGAAGUUAGCGGGCAAGGUGCUGCUCCCAAUAAAGACUUUUAUCAAUUUGUGAUUACAAAAACUGAGGUGAUCUGGAGGUUCUGGAAAAUUUCUGUGCGCAGUGAAUUUCGGAAAACGCGGCCAGGGGAACUGAAGCAACCCCAUGAGUACUAUUUGCAUGACAGCCAGCUUCAGCACCAGGUGAAAGUGGUGUUCGGCGAAAACGUCCUGCUGUACACCCAGGGCCUGUGCAGCGGGAAUUUCGACUAUCUGGCGCGCCUCUCUGACCGCCUGCUCCUCCGCGUCCUCUCCUUCCUGGAGCUGGAGGACGUGCAGCAGCUCAGGUGCACCUCCCGCAAGUUCCAGAAGCUGUGUGACUCGGAGCAGUUCUGGGAGCAGGCUGUUAGAUCACGCUGCGACACGGUCACGGUGGAGAUGGGCUCUCUGGCCAGGGAGUUGGGCUGGAAGAAGGUGUUCUUCACCAACAAGCUGCAGCUGCAGAAACAGAUCAGCCGCCGAAGGCAGAAGCAGGAGAAUGUGGGCACAGACGCAGAUGUCAUGUGACCGUGUUCCCUCCAAUCGGGGCCUCGAUCAAGGAAGGCCCGUGGGAGAUGAAUUGACAGUGUUCGGUUUGACCCUGAUUUCUUUGUGCCUGAGAUAAGUUAUCAUCCUUUCCGAGUUAAUACUUACAGCCGUUCUUGCUAUUUACAUGGGGACUUAAUUUACAAUUAACUGAAAUUGUUUUAAAAAUGUACUCAAUUGUAAUUUCUCAGUUCUGAAGCUCUGAGUGGAAGCUUCUAACAUCAAAUUUUUAAAAAGAUUUUAACCAAAUGCCUGUAAAUAUAAUUUUUCAAUUUGUGUGCAAGUCAUAUCUUGGUUUGUGUCACAAAAGCUUUGAAGUUAAAUCAUUUGUUUUCAUUAAAGAAACCUGUUCCUCUUCUAACCUUUUGUGCCACAGAAUGUGAAGUUCUUGCCAUAUCCUUUUGGUGUUUGUGAUUGUCACCCUUGUAUAUCCUGUAAACUUUUUUUAUUUGGAUAAUAAAGUUUCUUUUUUAAGUCUU